AUGGGGUUCUUUUCUAGAUCCUCUAAUACUACCAGCCCAAAAGAGGCAAAGCCAGAUGCCAAGAAGCCAGAAAUCAGUGAAAAUGCGGUGUUCGUGCCAAUCGAGCACCCUGUUUCCGGAAGUGUGAGUCAACCGGAAGUGCCAAAUGACAAGGCGGUUACCGACGAAGAGAAAGAAAAAAGGUACCAAGAAGUUCUUAACCAUUUCCAAAACCCAGAUCUCGAAUACCCAUUGUCCAGCGAUGACAAGGAAAAGAAAGAGAAGCUCACCACCGUGGAAAAAGCUUGGUUGACCAAGGAAUGUUUCUUGAGAUACUUGAGAGCCUGUACUUGGAAAGUAUCUGAUGCCAUCGACAGACUUGAAAAUUCCGUCGUCUGGAGACGUGAAUACGGGAUUUCCAAUGGGGUUUACGGUAAGCACGAUCCGAUCACUGGUAAAUACCAGAUCCCUGAGUUGGCCGCCAAAGCAUUACUGCCAGAAACCGUUGUCGAUGAAAGUUUGACCGGGAAACAGAUUGUAUUUGGUUUCGAUAAAGGUUGUAGACCUUGUUUGUUCUUGAUGAACGGUAAAGAAAACACCAAACCUUCAGAAACCCAAGUGCAAUUCUUGAUCUUUAUGUUGGAAUGUGUCAUUAACUACAUGCCUCAAGGCCAAGAUAAGCUUGCUCUUUGUGUUGAUUUCAAAGAGUACCCAGUGGGACUUAAAAGCAAGUCGGUUCCUUCGGUUUCUGUAGGUAAGUCCGUGCUUCAUAUUCUCCAAUACCAUUAUCCCGAAAGAUUGGGAAGAGCGUUAUUUGUCAAUAUUCCGUUCGUUGCCAGCGUGUUCUUGAAAUUAUGCUGGCCAUUUUUGGACCCUUACACCAAACAAAAAGUGUCGUUCGAUAAUCCAUUCAGUGACUUUAUUCCAACCGAACAAUUGAUGGAUGAGUACGAAAAUGGGGAAGUGGAAUUCGUGUUUGAUCAUGACAAGUACUGGAAAGGGUUGAUUGAAAUCGGGGUGAAGAAAAACCAACACUAUUUGGAAAGAUUCCUCGAACUUGGAGCCACGGUAGGGUUGAGUGAAGUGGAUUUAAGAUCUAAUGAAGCAAUCCCUGGCAGUGAUGGCAAGACCGUCAAUUAUACUACCGAAGAAUUCCAAGAUGCUAUCUCAACUGCAUCGGUUGGUGACAAUUUGGAAAAACUCCACAUUUCAGACGCCCCAGUGGAGAAAAAAGACCCAGAAGUGGUGGAACCAGUUCAAGCUUGA